UAAUUAAAAUAAAAGAAUAAAUAAAAUAAAACUACUUUCAGUUGAAUGAUAAAAAACCUUAAGAUUGAACUUCAAAACAUGUUCUUUCAUUAUAAAAACCUUUGAAGUGAAGCUAAACUGGUCUGGAAAACGGGUCCCGCCGGUCAACUCUGCCGCGGGCACGGACGGGCUGUCAUGUGGCCCCUAGUGGCCCCUUUAUGCUGGUGUGCACCAAAAGUGGGCGGAUGAUGGUGUGAUGGUGCCGUCCUCUGCCCAAUGGCAGCCCGGAGUCUCCGGAGAGAAGAGAGAGCCACUUCUCUUUCCAUCCCCAAAUCCAUCAAGCCGCUCCGACCACACCGACUGAAAGAACUGCGCGAUGACACACCGCGUCUCCAGAGCACACACACGCGUCUGGGAGUUACGCGCCGCGUAGAGGAAGCUCCGUAGCGAACAUCACGGACGUGCAACGGGACCUAAACGCGUUUCUUUCUCUCAGUCAGUCAGAAAAGCGCCCGUUCGCUCCACAUGUCACCAUGAUACUCUUCUCAUCGCGUAGCGUGCUGCUGUCUGUGUAUUAUCCGCAGAUCUUCCUCAUCCUCACGAGCGGGAGCUACCUGGCUCUUUCCUCUGUGGUGGCCCUCGGUGCCAACAUCAUCUGCAAUAAGAUCCCCGGUCUCGCCCCCCGCCAGCGCGCCAUCUGUCAGAGUCGACCUGAUGCCAUCAUCGUGAUCGGAGAGGGGGCACAGCUGGGCAUCAACGAAUGCCAGUACCAAUUCCGAUAUGGCCGCUGGAACUGUUCAGCGCUGGGUGAACGCACAGUCUUCGGGCAAGAGCUGCGAGUAGGCAGCAGGGAGGCGGCAUUCACCUACGCCAUCACCGCCGCUGGGGUCGCCCAUGCCGUGACAGCCGCAUGCAGCCAGGGCAACAUGAGCCACUGCGGCUGCGACCGGGAAAAACAGGGCUACUACAAUCAGGAGGAGGGAUGGAAGUGGGGCGGGUGCUCUGCUGACAUCAAAUAUGGCAUCGAGUUCUCCCGGAAGUUUGUGGAUGCCCGCGAGAUAAAAAAAAAUGCUCGGCGAUUGAUGAACCUUCACAAUAAUGAAGCCGGACGAAAGGUACUCGAAGAGCGAAUGAAGCUGGAAUGUAAAUGUCACGGCGUGUCAGGCUCCUGUACCACCAAAACGUGUUGGACCACGCUACCGAAAUUCCGUGAGAUCGGCUACGUACUGAAGGACAAGUACAACAAAGCGGUUCACGUCGAGGUGGUCCGAGCCACGCGACUACGGCAGCCCACCUUCCUCAAAGUGAAGAAGACACACGGAUACCAAAAGCCCUUAGAAUCAGACUUGGUCUUCAUUGAGCGCUCGCCGAACUAUUGCGAAGAGGACGCCAAAACUGGCAGCGUAGGGACGCAAGGGCGACUGUGCAACCGAACAUCGCCGCACACGGACGGUUGUGACCUCAUGUGCUGUGGGCGAGGCUACAACACACACCAGUACACAAAGGUGUGGCAAUGCAACUGCAAAUUCCAGUGGUGCUGCUUCGUGAAAUGCAACACGUGUAGCGAGCGAACGGAGGUGUUUACCUGCAAAUGAACAAAUGUUUUGUGGGCAUAACGCAGGUUGACGAGGUUCAAUAGGACGGGGGAAGUGAAAUGGACGGAGUGGGCAGAAUGGGAAUUUUAAUCUAUCAGCUCUUUAAGGCGUCGUUUUGCACAGCAGAAUGUAUAUUUGCUUUAACACAGAGUUAAAAUACUAAACUCUAUCGGUAGGUACAAGCCCAGUUUUCGACCAGAGGAACAUGCACUGAUCUAUUCACAAUGACUCAAGUGCAAUGUUCGAAAUAGCGUACUAGUAUACUACUCGUACUAUUUCCGCCGUGUCUACCAGAAAUAUUAAGAGUUGUGUGCUAGUAUGCUAUUCCGAACAUUGCUAAGCUAACGGACUGCAGGAUAUCAGCCAUGCCCCCGGUGCAUUCUGGGAUUUGUAGUUUGUUUUUUUCAAGGGAAGCUUUUUAAAGGACUCAAAUGAGGUUCUUCGGAUAUGGAUAUUUUGACAGAACUUCUUGGAAAAGCAAAUUAAGCCACAAGACAUCGUGUCAUCUAAAAUGCCGUGUUUAAGAGUGAAAAGGAACUAGAAAUGUUGACUUUUAUUUAAGAAGGAGCUCUGAAAACAGUGCGAACUGCAAAUUAAGGACGUAUAUGCCUCCUAACUGCCAACUGGAACCUGGUAGAGUAUGUUAGUUAUCCAGUCACACUGGAGCUUGUCUGUUUGAACACUGAAAAUAAAUUAUUAUAUAUUGUAUGUUAUAGUCUCCUAAGGAACCGAAGUGCUAACGGGUAGAAAUUAUGUCUUAUUUUGUACUAAGUGUAAAAAAAAGAGAAAACAAAGACUUUGUAGAAACUUGCGACUGAAGGGCCCAGAUGUUUUGAACGAAUUGUUUGUGUUUUUCUGCAAUGGCUAAUGAUGUGUUAACUUCCGAAACCACUGUAAUUUUUUUUGGUCAGCUGAUACAUGUUAACAUGGGUUUAUCUUUGCUGUAAUCCAGCCGUAGUUCUCAACAGAAAUUUUGGUCACUUUUUUCCAAUUUAGCAUAUAGCUAAACAAGUCUUUUCAAUCAAGAAUCCUUCCUCAAUUAAUUAAAUGUGGAACGAAUAUAUAUCUGGAUAUGUUACAGAGCGCUGCACUGAUUUUUUUUCUAUUCAGAUACAAAGCAAUUAAAACUAAAAUAAAUAUAAAUUUGACUGACAUUUGGGAUGUUAUUGCAGUCGAAAGAACUUUCUGCAUCUAAGAGUAACUGGAUUUGCUUCGGGAUCCAGAAUUUACAUUGGACAUCAAGUGGAAACCCAACAAGGGAUGCACCAAUAUAAAACAUUUGACCGAUACCAUUACCGAUUUUAACAAAAAACCUAUACUGAUGCCAAUAUGUUGCCACUUACCUUAUUUUGUAAAAAUGUACAAAGAGCUACAAAGGCUUUUGAUGUAACAAUAAAUAAUUUCCAUUGAACAUGCAUUGGAUCUGUUGAACACAUGACAGGCCAAACUUUUAAAGAGAGACAAUGAAAGAUAAAUAGAAGAUAAAAUAUAAAAAAAUAUUGAAAAAUAGCUAAAUAUCAUAGCAUGAUGAUUGAUGUGACAAAAAGGUUAUUUUGUACUUCUAAUAUAUUUUUGCACUUCUGUUUUUGCAGCUCAAAACAACAGAACAGUUUGUACUAUUUAUAAUAGAACAUCACAAAUUCAUGUUAUGCAUAUGUUGGGCAAUUCCACAGAAAUGUCAACCACAUCAUGGAAAAAUAAAAGUUUUAACCAAAGGAACAAAACCCUCUUUUAAAUUC